ACGGGGUUUAUUUUAAGAAUCUACGAAAAUACGCACACACGCGCCUCUCUUUCUCUCUUUUCUCUCUGACGAAGACGAAGGCUCAGUCGUGGACCGUUGCUUGAAUGUAGUCAUGGCCUCUCGGGGAUUUGUACCAUUGGCAGCGAUUUUAAUCACCAUUUAUUUAGAUAUAUCAUCCGUGGUUGUCACCGCCGCGGCCGUCGCGUGGGAUCCGAAGACAUCUAGGUAUAAUAGUUACAACUUGGACAAAGGACCGGUGUUCUAUGAGGCGUAUUAUCCGGAUAUUCGCGACGCUUAUCAAGAGAAGCGCUACUUCGACCGGAACGCAGUAUUGGAAAAAAGUUUUCAAGUGCCCUUCAAGCGUCUCGCUUACUCGGCCGGGACUGCGGACCGUCCUGUCACGAGUAAUGAAUCAUUCGUCGUAGUGAAUAACGAAGAGCCGGGUGAGCAGCAGAAAAGGGCGGAAUCUCGGCGCUAUUACGAUACCGCAGACAAAACCGCGCCUUUCCAAGAUGAAUACCCCUCGACGGGGAUUUUCAACGGCGAUGAGAAGCUCGAGAGUACGAAUGUCGAGGAAAUUUCCAAACUCGUUAGAAGAGCGAUUUCUCGGGAUCUUGAGAACUGGAACGCGCUCGAGAGAUAUCUCGACCGUACCGUCAAUCAAGGUCCGCCGAUAGCACAGCCGGCGGUGCACUCCGGGGAAAACCGCAGAAAUAAAGAAGGCAAUAGCUAUUCGUUUCCGGUAAACCGACAAUCUUUCGACCCGUCGAAACAGCUCAAUUUCGAGCUAUUACGAAAAUUGGAAGACGCGAGGCAGCGACCUGUGUAUUUCGAGCGAACCGACGCGAACGAGAACGCGCGUACGAGCACGAUGAGUAUCAGCGACACGCAAGCUGAUGCGCCGGCGAUCGGCGUCAUUUCCGACUCAUUGCCGUUGGAAAAUAUUUUUCAACCGCGGCCGCAAGUGAUUAGAUACAUGUUCUUCAAGAAACCUAUGCCGCAACCUACGCCGCAACUCGAACAAGUCAAGGAGGCGAUUGAUAAUUCUACACCACGCAGCUACGGUGACAAUCUCAUUCGCGAAGAGAUCGCUGACAACAGUCGCGGCAAGCAAGCGGAGGAAAAUGUUAAAGUGACGUCUAUCGAAGUAAGCGAACUGCCGCGGCACAAAACGCGUCAUCAUCACGGUGAAUGGCCCAAGCGAGAUUGGUCCGCUCAUCGUCAUCGUUCGCAAACUGCUGCUUGAAAGAAAAACAAUCGAAUAAACAAAGAGAAAAAAAAAAUGAACAAAAUUACCAUAUUUAUCUUUGCAAUUUCAUGUCAUCAAAUAACGUCAAAGAAUCACACUGUCUCAAACUAUUUAUUGAAUGUACCAUUGAUAUACAUACAACAAUCGUAUAUAUCUUUAUAAUAGUGUACUCACAAUAAGACAUCUUCCACACUUAUUCCUACGAGUAAUCGGUUACAUCAGCAAUGACUAACGUUAAUUCUAAGUAAAUAGAUUUUUUUGUUCUGCCUAUAAUAGUGCGGUGCGCAGAGGCGGAAGUCAGUUGAACCGGAUUGUUAGCGCAAUUCGGCCUAAUAAUUCUAACUUUUCUACUACUAAUCAGACGAAUAUACUUUAUAUAAUUUUAUUAAUCGAUUUUAGUUAAACCAUAUAAACAGUUAGAUUUUAAAUUUGCACGCAUGCGACAACAAACAUGUAAUUACUUGAGAAAUAUUUCUCUUUUACAAUUCUAAUAAGAUUAUUAUAACUCUUCUAAAAUCGUAAACGCAGAUUUUACAGGAAUGUUUGUAUAAUUCUUUCUAUGAUCUAGAACGAUAAAUUCUAAGUACUUGGGAUGCUCGCGUGAAGUCCGCUACUAUCGUGAUGUAAAUCAGAAGAUCGUGAUGUAACCAGAAGUAUAUCGCUUCUGUGACAUUUUACUACGAAGAUAAGUACAAGGAUGAAACUCCGCAAGUACUUUACAAAUAACCUAUUCUAUUGGAACACAACCUUUUUUGGUGAAUAGUCUCAGUUAACUAUAUCUACAAUUCUACAUUUUUCUUGAAUUAUUUUUUACUUUUCUUCUACUAGUAAUAACAGUCAAAAUUCUAUCUUAGCAAAAAAUCUUCUUAUAUUCUUAUAAAAGAAUAAAUCUUGAUUAAAAAAAAAAAAAAA